UCUGCAUGAUUCAGAUAUAUCUGUCAAAAUGGCUGCCCCCACGAAGGACACGCCAGAGCCAUCGACCUCUAAGUCUGCAAUAAAAGAAACGAACGAGAAGCAAAUCAGUAAAUUCAAAGAUAUAUGGAAGAUUAUGCCCUGUGAGCAGUAUGACUUGGCCUACAGGAUUUGCAAAGAUUGGAGAACUAAAUAUUAUCAUCGUUACUGGGAUGGUGUUAAGGAUUUCGACUGUGAUCCGUUGAAGAAAGAUGUAGAAAUGUGUGAAGAGCUUGCUGAACAUGAGAGUAUUGAGGCAUAUGAACACCUGUUAAAGGUGGAAGAAGCCAAACGCCAAAAGCGUUUACAUAGUGUACAGAACAAUGAUGUAUGGGAAUACAGAGCCUCUCCUCCAGUCGGCUGGUACAGCAACAUGUUAAACAACCACCCAGCCACAGUCAGUCAAGUAGAAGGGGUGAAACCAAUAUGUAAAGAACAUCACGAACCUUUCUUAAAUCGCCAUUUAAAACGAUACAAUGAAAAACAAAGUGAUGAAGACCUUACUAACGUGAAGCCAAAGAUGUGGUUGAAGCCACUGAAAGAGAGCUUGAAGGACAAUACCAGCAUGUGUGUUAUUUCCUAGCAGGAGUAAUCCUGUUCAACAGAACAGGUCAUUGUCUUCACUAAUUUUGUAAUACAUUGUGUUAAAUUGAAAUACUACUAGUACAUGUAUAUGAAUUUGUAAUACAUCAUAAAUAUUUGUAAUACAUUGUGUUAAAUUAAAAUAAAUGAAUUUGUAAUACAU